ACUGGCGCAUAUAUGGGUGCAUAAAUAUCUGGGGCAACAGUCGAUCUUGAUGAAUUCAAGGAGUGGCUUGCUUUCUUCUUUGAUCGAACAAGGAGAGGAGAGAUUUGGCUGGACACUUGCAGAAUUAUAUCUAUCAGUGCGGAGAGAACUGUCUUUGUUCACUUUCGAAGUUUCGUGCUGCAGUCUGAAACUCCUAUCCGCAGAAACUAAAAUUUAAAAAAAUCUUCUAUUAAAUUUUAUUGGUUGAUGCGGCGGAAUUAUUUAGAGGGGCUUGUAUUGGUGCUGCGGCUGGUGGUGCCUUGAAUCGGUGCCGGUGAGCUCCUUCUAUUCUGAUUUGGUGGACCAGCGAUACGUGAAGGUGGACGAGAUGUCGACCAGUGGCAGUGGCAAUGGUAUCCUGGAGGGAUUCUUUGGUUCUGUCAGCGGCAGCGUGGAGCGCUGGACUGGCAUAGAACUAAACCUGAGUACCGUGCUGCUGGUCGUCGGCGUAGUGCCCGUGCUGCUGGGUCUGCGGGCGGCGGGGAGAAUACACAGGACGGUGCGCUCGGGCCUGUCGCUGCUGUCGGGCCCGGGCACCGUUUCACGUGCUGCUGUGAAGCACAUCAUGGAGAACUGCGAGCCAGGCAACCCGGAGAUGGCGUUGAAAUGCGCCGACGAACUCGAUGCCAGCGGAAAGCACUUCCUGAUCCAUAUCGGGGAGGAGAAAGGCAGAUUGUUCGACAGCGCUGUUAGGGAGCACCGCCCGACUGUCGUACUGGAACUGGGCGGUUACUUUGGGUAUUCCGCGCUGCGCGUAGCGCGUCUGUUGAGCGCCGACGACAACGCCAAACUCUACUCGAUGGAAAUCAACAAGGAGUGCGCGGAGAGCUGCCGUACGCUGCUCAAGUUCUGCGGCAUGGACGAUCGCGCCGAGGUGCUGAACUGCGCAGCGCAGGACGGCAUAGCAGAGUUCCGCGAACGAACCGGCCGCUCGUCCGUCGACAUGGUCGUCCUCGAUCACUGGAAGCCGUUGUACCUGCCAGACCUGAAGCGGCUGGAAGCCUCUGGUCUCAUGCACCCGGGAACCGUGGUCCUGGCAGAUAACAUCUUGUACCCGGGCGUUCCUGACUACAAGGAGUACGUGACGACGAGUCCCAAGUAUCGUACAGUGAUGCAUACUUGCAAGAUGACAAGCUUCACGGGUGUCGAAACGGAUGAUUCCGUCUCCGUAUCCGUCUACCUGGGCGAGCAAAGUGACAGAUGAGACGUCGGCGCUGACUUGUUUGGCCUCCCGCAAUUUGUGUGUGUGUUUGUGUGUGUGUAUGGGCGUGUGUGUGUGUACGGGCAUGUGUGUGUGUGUGUGCAUGUGUGUGUGUGUGUGCGUGUGUUGUGUGUGCUUGCGUGUGUGUGUAUGUGCGUGUGUGUGUGUGUGUGUAUGUGUGCGUGUGUGCAUGCUUUCACUGUUUGUAUCUUCUCACGAUCUUCUGGGCAAGCAAUCGCCUCUGAAGACUAGACCGCCGACUACUAGGGCAAUAUCACUGGGAAUAUACUCUGGAUGUGCGAUCUUGCAUGCGCGAAUGCGUGUAUAAGUGUGUGUGUGUGUUUGUGCCCGUGUCUGCGUACGUGUGUGGUGUGUCUGUGUGUCACGGAGACUCUAUUUUCGAUUUGGCCGAGUUGCCGGAGACUCGUCGCUUCUCCCAAACCGUGCAAUCGUUGCGAGAUCCUCAGCUUUACUUGUACUCUCGCGGAGACGUCUCCCGCUCAGCAGAGGUGACUGUUGACUCGCGAUUGCUCUCUGCCUUCGGGCAAUGCCGUGGAAUGUCUCAGUGCUUCUUGUCAGUUUAGCACGGGUGCAUGGAAUUGUCCUCCUCUGACUUCCGAAAACCUUGUCUGGCCUGUGGGCUCUUUUAAAACACACUUACCUAAUGUCUUGUGCUCCGGAGUACUGCGCGUACUCCUCUGUUUGUCGAAUCUAAUCGCAUUCAUUAUCCUUUGCUCUGUCAUGCGGCAACUUUCAAAUUCUCAAUACAGUUAGUCCGGUUAUAAUUCUGUCAAUUGUGUUGCGUCCAAUAUGAUUA